CCUACUGAAGCUGGCUAACUCCAAUCUGCUAUGUUCCGUAUACAUCCCGCUCACACAGUCUCUCGUUUCCUCGGUGAGCUUUAAGCUCGGAGCUAACAUGGGAGCUCCUGAUAUCUUCUGAUAUAUCCAGCUACAGAAACAGUUGGGUUCGAUCACUUCAUUCAUUCAUCAUCUCAUGCUGCUUCUCUCAUUCUCUCCAAACGCCCGAGAGCUGAUUCACUGUCGUUGAUUUUGGGUUUCGGCCUUCAAUUGAGGAAUCUUUCAUUGUAUCGCUGAACAACUAGCAUGGAAGCAUUUAAAAGGGCAAUUCUGCAACCAGGGCCACCGGAAAACUUUGCCCUCCGUAUAGUUCAGGAAGUCAUAAAACCUCAGAAACGAACAAAGUUAGUGCAAGAUGAGAACCAGCUUCUUGAAAAUAUUCUUCGGACGUUACUACAGGACCUGGUGUCAUCUGCUGUACAGUCAGGGGCCCCAAUUAUGGAGUAUGGCCAAUCUGUUGACGAUGCAGAAACUACCCUAGGACAUAUUCCUCGACUUCUUGACAUUGUGUUGUAUCUUUGUGAAAAGGAGCACAUUGAAGGCGGCAUGAUAUUCCAGCUGUUGGAAGACUUGACUGAAAUGUCUACCAUGAGGAAUUGCAAGGACGUAUUUGGUUAUAUUGAGAGGAAACAAGAUAUCCUUGGAAAGCAAGAGCUUUUUGCUCGUGGAAAACUUGUGAUGUUGAGAACAUGCAAUCAACUAUUACGUCGAUUAUCAAAGGCAAAUGAUGUGGUGUUUUGCGGACGUAUCCUCAUGUUUCUGGCUCAUUUUUUCCCGCUAUCAGAGCGUUCAGCUGUGAAUAUCAAAGGAGUGUUUAACACAUCAAAUGAAACUAGUUAUGAGAAAGAGCCUCCAGCUGGUAUUGCCAUCGAUUUCAACUUCUAUAAAACCUUUUGGAGUUUGCAGGAGUACUUUUGUAACCCUCCUUCAUUAAGCCUUGCUCCAACCAAGUGGCUGAAAUUUACAUCCAGUUUAAUGGUUGUUCUAAAUACCUUUGAAGCUCAACCUUUGACUGAUGAAGAGGGGGAUGCUAUUAAUAUGGAGGAAGAGGCAGCCAAUUAUAGCAUAAAAUAUCUUACCAGCAGCAAACUCAUGGGUUUGGAAUUGAAGGAUCCCAGUUUUAGGCGCCAUAUUCUCGUGCAGUGCCUGAUCUUGUUCGACUACCUUAGGUACCCAGGAAAGAAUGACAAAGAUUUGCCAUCUGAAGGCAUGAAAGAAGAGAUAAAAACAUGGGAGGAUCGUGUCAAGAAGAUGCUUGAAGUAACUCCACCUAAGGGCAAAGAUUUUCUUCAUAAGAUUGAGCAUAUAUUAGAACGGGAAAAGAAUUGGGUUUGGUGGAAGCGCGAUGGCUGUCCACCUUUUGAGAAGCAACCACUGGAGAAGAAGGCACAAGAUAGCACAAAGAAAAGGAGACCAAGGUGGCGACUAGGAAAUAAAGAAUUGUCACAACUUUGGAGAUGGGCAGAUCAAAAUCCAAAUGCAUUAACUGAUCCUCAACGUGUCCGCACUCCUUCUAUCAUGGAUUAUUGGAAACCCUUGGCUGAAGAUAUGGAUGACUCAACUGGAAUAGAAGAAGAAUAUCAUCACAAGAACAAUCGGGUUUAUUGCUGGAAAGGUCUUCGUUUCUCAGCUCGACAGGACUUGGAAGGGUUCUCUCGAUUCACGGACCAUGGUAUUGAAGGGGUUGUACCAUUGGAUCUUUUGCCACACGAGGUUCGUUCCAAGUACCAGGCUAAACCAAACGAAAGGUCUAAACGUGCAAAGAAGGAAGAAUCGAGGAAUGCUACACUCCAAGCUGAAGAAAACCAGAUUGCCACACCUGCAAGCGAGAAUGAUGAAGCUGUGAGGGGUGACCUCGAUUCCUCAGCCACACCAAUGGAAGCAGAUGCAACGCCGGUUGCUGGUGGUGUCUCUCAGGGUGGUACUCCAACGCCAGAAGAACAGUUAAAGGAAAGCCCUGAUACUGAUGCAGACCCUGACAGCGGGCAACUCGAAGCGGAUGCAGAAGCAGAAGCUGGGACGAUUGAUGGGGAGACCGAUGCAGAGGUCGAUGUCGAUGUCGAUGCAGUAAGCUAAGCUGAGACGCCAUAGACUGCCACAUCUGAAGACUCGGAAGCUACUUUAUGGUCCCUUUAGUGGAGCAAAUAUUGGGUGAGUCUUACUCGUUUACUUGAAUGUGUAACACCCAAUGAAAAUGUUUGAAAGUGAAAAGCUGACCUCACAAUGGGCCCACAGGUUCCUACUGAUAAGCAUUUUGAUUGAUUUUUACUCAUUCAACUUUGGAAGAGAUACUCAUUGAAUAUUUUCUCCCUUUUAGUGCUUGUUAACGGGCCAAGAUUGCAGGUGUCAUGCAGUCGGAAAGUUAUGAGCAGCAGGUCAUGUUUAUCGUCUAUGUAGCUUGAUGAUUUUGACAGCCGAGUUCAAAAUUUAUGUUUCUUGA